UCCUUGCUUUCAAACUUCCAGGAGAAAGAAAGGACGGAGCAUGACUCAUUGUUUUCUGGGCUGGUAGUUUUAAUCAACAGUCAGCUGCUGCACGUGGACGCUGUGGUUAAACUGGCUGCCAUGGCUUUUCCAUUUGGGGUUUCUUGGCUUUGCGCUCUGUUGCUGUGGGGCUGCAUUUGCUUUCUUCCUCACAAAGGUUACAAUACGGCGUAUGGCUACCCUCUCAGUGACGAUGCAUUCAGUGGCCAUGCAGGUGCGCUUGGUCCACAAACGUCAAACCAGUUUAAUUCUGGAGCAUCUUUAGCCACAAACCAAGACUCAUUUGGUCCAAAGGAUGAGAUGACAGCAAUGAGACACCAAAGCGUUGUUUCCCCUCAGAGUGAACCCGUCCACCAUGAGGAUGGCAGUUUUGUCACUAGCCUCAACGAAGAGAUGGUGCAAAGCAAACCAGACUUGGAGCCUUAUGUACCAUCCACACCUCCUGUCCAGCAACAUGAGGAUGAUGGAUCUGAUAACCAACAUCCCUUUGGCCUUUUGGUGAAGGAGCACACAGGAGAGAACGCUAUGGAGGGUGUCAGUUUUCCAACAAUCAGAGAUUUCAAACGGUUUAUAGAAACGAUGAAAAGCUCCUUCUUACGACCGGGAAGUGACAUGAACAGUCAUUUCCAAACUGGGUGGGCAAUGAUGGAAAAUGAGACGCCCUCUAAUGGUGAAAAUAUUGCAGGAGAGCCUGACACGAGCUAUAAGUCGAACUCUGCAACAGAAGGCACUUCCCAUCAUGACGCAAAUGAAAAUGAAUUUUGGAGUGAACAAGGCGCCAACUACCAAAUACCAAGUGAAAGCCUCUCUGUCCUAAACCCUGUCGACUCCACUGCAAGUUUCAUCUCUAAAAGUGUUCAUGACAGCCAAGACCCGGGCUCUGCUCUCUACCCACAUCAUCAUUUAGCAGCCACAGAGCAUGUUUCAAGUAAUUACAGAAGUUUUGACAGUGCUGGCAUUUCUUGGGAAAACCCUGAGAUUUUCACAAGUGGUCCUUAUGUGCAAAAUGAAGAUUUUCAGUCAACAACCUACAAGCUCCCUGAAAAAACACCCUCUGGCUCAUUCUUUGGAGGAGAUUUGUCUUUUAGUGGCCACAUGUCUGCAACCCCUGUCAGCUCUCCAAACAGCCCCUCUGAAGACCACAUCUUAACGCCUCUAACCUCUGAGAAAAAUAUCCAACAACCAAAAUAUUCAUCUCACACUGAAGACUCUUCAACAAGGUAUCAGAAACCAUCUGGUGAAUUUAAGAGAGAUUUCCAAAUUAAGGAGCAAGGUAGCAACGUCCUGUCUGCACCAAUGCCCCCAUCUUUGGCUUCCUAUGGCAACAGUGUGUUUGUCAGUCCACCAAGAGGUCAACACUACAUCCCAGAUUAUCGACCAAAACAAAGGGGAAGCCCAGCCCAACCGUUUCAGACAAAUCAACCCCCUGUUGGCAAGGAACCCAAUGAUAUAAACUACACUCCCGUCGCCCAUCUGCCUGCAUCUGCUGGCUCUGUUUCUUCAAGCUCCAACAACCUAUCACCGCAGAGCAGUAGCGGACAUGUGGGAGUUCAAACAAGUAGCCCACAUGAUGGUCCGAGUCAAGCUUUCGACAGAAAACAGCCAGUUGGAGUCAGUCAGUGGUUUACUGUGAAACCUUCCAGUUCUCUUCACGGCUCAAGCAGACAUGACGGCUAUCUCGGAGAGCAGACAGACGGUGUUAGUCGUCCAUCCAUGUUAACAGCCCAGCCGAAAGAUGUGGAUAAAUCAGUCCUCUUUGAUAACAAACCAGCCUCUGCCACACAGGAACCAAAACAAGUGGUUCACAAUACCCUAAAUCCCAUUUCUAGUGGCUUAACCCCGAUCUCAUCUCAGCUCGGAGCAGGUAGUGCGAUUUUCAACUCUUUAACUAACUUGGCUCCAACCUCCACAUCAGAGAGAGCCGUUUCAAGAUUAGCUGCCAAUGAAAUUAUGUCCAGGAAGUUUGGAAUCACGAAUAUGAUCUCUGAUACACCCGGAGCCAGAAACCCCCUGAAAUCAUUUCCUCUGCCUCUAAGACGUGGUGUUUCUUUACAUGGUGGAUACGUGAGUAAACCGCUGUCUGCAGCCAAGGUUUCUGCUUCUACUUUAAGUGGUUUCUAUUGGAGGAAUCAUGGCAAAACAAAAAAGCUUCCUCCUAAAACGGGCCCCAACAUGUCAGCACCACCUGUGAAUGCAUACAUUGUGCAGUCCAAAAAUGGCUACGUAAGGAGCAAAGUAUAUCAAUCAAAGACCCGUUACGCACCAUAUCAGCUGCAUGAAUACAAGCACACUUUGAAGAACAGCAAAGGAGGAUCAAAAGUUCACAGUUGAGAGAGAGCUGUGGCCUGAAGUUUCAGUAAGAACAGCUGAACUUGGAGGUGAAAUUGCAGACAGAAAGUCCUUUGUAAAUGAUCUGUUUCCAUCUUCAAGUGGGAGGAAAAUCAAGUAUCUUCGGUUCUCCACACAUCCACUCAACUAGGCAUGAAGUAAAGGCAUGAAAUCUUUGAAAGUUA